CAGGUACUUGUCUGUUUUAAAACCUUGACCCUGCCGGUUGGAAACCCUCCAUUAAAAUUUAAAACCCUUUUGUCCCCUGAUCCAAAAUCCCCUCUCAAUCACAAACCCAAAAGAAAAAUGGAAAAGGCUGGAAGACACUGCAGUUCAGAUCACAUAGCACAGCAGCAGCCAGCUGAGCGGUCAAACAGUUCUUUCCCACCUUGGAAGAAAAUGCUUAGAUCCCUAUCAAUGAAUAGGCCCAACCACAGGGUUGCUGAAGAAAUCUCCUCUUCCUCCUCCGCCCAACCCUGCAGCCAUGAUCAUCAUCACCACUCCCAGGUACGCCUUGCCAUUUACAUAGCCAUGGCUCACGCGGGCCUCGCUCUCGCGGCCUUCAUCGCCUACGGAGUCUUCAAGUUGCUUGAGGAAUACAUGAGGCCCAUCCUGUGGGCCGGCCUCUGUUCAAUCCCCCUCCGGGGGAUUCAACACGCCCUCGUUGGGUUUUGGUCCGAGCCCCUCUCCUUGGGGCUCACCGAGACCUUUCUAGCCAUCCCCGUCGCGCUCUUCAAGAUCUUUGUCGGAACCGUUGUCGAGAUCAAGGAGGCGGGUCUCGAGAUUGUCCUGAGGAUCAUGGGGAGGCCGUUCGCGUCUCCACGCUCGGGGGCGGUAAGGAGAUACCGCCGCCGUAGAAGCGGGUUCUUCGUGCUGCUGAGAUGGCUCGUGUCGCUCUGGGUCUUCGUGAUGACUUACGAGCACGUCGGGAGGAUCGCGUCCCUCGCGCUCCUCGCGUUCGGGCUCACGUUCUCCGCCUCAGGCGUGGAGUCGAGCAUGAGGAGGGUUAGCUCCUUCAGGAGCAAGAGCUUUCGCCGCUCCCCGGUUUCCUCCGUCUUCACCAAGGCCAUACUGAAGAGGCUGAAGAUCAUCGUGGCGAUCGGGUUGAUCGCCGCGAUGACCGUGGGCUCUCUCGCGGGCACCGUCUUCUUCUCCUACAAGAUUGGGAUGGAAGGGAAAGACGCGGUCCUCCGACUCCAGUCGCACGUCGUGGACAACAACUACGCGGAGAGGUUCGGCAUUCGGGAGUGGAUGGAUGAGAAGGAUCUGGCCGCAAUGGCGGAUAGGUACACCCUCCAGAUGUAUCAGGCCGCUUUCGAGCAUAUGGACAAGUACGCAAUGCACUACAACUUGAGCGAGUUUGUUGUGGGUAUGAAGCACUUGGUGAUGGCACUGCUGGCUAACUCCUCGUCCUCCGGCGGCCCCGACUCAUCAACUCCUAAUAAUAUUAUGGCCUCCCCGCCGCCGCCGCACCACGACAGGAUCUUGAGCCUCAAGAAGCGGAUCAUCGCCGGGCAAUGGGGGAAAUUUUACGUGGAGACGGACGCCAUUUUCAAGGAGAUGGUGAGAGUUGGUCGGGACGGCUUGGCGGGGAGGGCGAAAGGCGCGAUGAGGCGAGCCUUGUUCAACGGGGCGUCCUUCCUCGGGGGGGCCGCAAAGGUCGCGUUCCUCGUGGGGAGCUCGAUACUCUCGGGAGCGGCGGGCGUGUUCAACUUUGUGUCCCAGGCAACGGUGUUCUUGUGGGUGUUGUACUGCCUCGUCACGUCCGAGUCGGGGGGUGUGACGGAGCAGGCAAUGCGCAUGCUACCCGUCCCGCCCUCGGCGCGGGACAGGUGCGUGGAGGUGCUGGACAAGGCCAUCUCGGGCGUGCUUCUGGCCACGGCCGAGAUAGCCUUCUUCCAGGGGUGCCUCACCUGGCUGCUCUUCGACCUCUUCUCCAUACACUUCUUGUACGCAUCGACCGUUCUGGCCUUCGCCAGCCCGUUGUUCCCGAUCUUCCCCUCGUGGCUCUCGACCGUCCCCGCGGCGUUGCAGCUGGUGUUGGAGGGGAGGUACGUUUUGGGCGUGGCAUUGGCGAUCAUCCAUCUUUUGCUCAUGGAAUAUGGGACUGCUGAAAUCCAAGAAUAUGUUCCUGGCUACUCUGCUUAUCUCACUGGUCUCAGCAUUAUUGGGGGAAUGGCAUUGCUCCCAUCACCCGUGGAGGGAGCAGUGGUAGGACCAUUGUUAACAACAAUUGUGAUUGGGCUAAAGGACUUGUACGUGGAGUUUGUUCUGGAGGGAUGGAAAGAUUACUCUUCCACGGAUUCUGAUUCUACCUCAUCACCUCCACCAAUUAAACUUGGGAGAAGUAAAUAACAUCACCUUAUUUAAUUUCAAUUAGGUGCACUCAUGCUUUGUACAGACAAAUGCGCACCAUAAUCAAACCAAAUGACAUGU